CCCUCAAAACACUGGGAAAUUGCGUGAUAAUGCGGACCCCAAACACGAGGGAUUCGGCAGAUAUUUACUGAUGGACAUAUUUCCGGUACAGGAUAUUGCAGCAUGAAGAAGGAGCAAGUUGUCAACUGUCAGUUUUCGGUUUGGUAUCCGAUAUUCAAGAAACAUACAAUUAAAAGUCAGAUUCUGCCACUGCCUCAGAAUGUAAUAGACUAUUUACUGGACGAUGGGACACUGGUAGUCUCUGGAAGCGACCACAACACACAGCAGACACACACUAACAACAGCGACUCAAAUGCAGAGGAAGACAUUCAGUGGUCAGAUGAUGAAACAACCUCCACUGUCACUGCUCCUGAGUUCCCUGAAUUCACCUCUAAAGUGUUGGAGGCCAUAAACGCUCUGGGUGGACGCGUCUUUCCCAAACUCAACUGGAGCGCCCCACGGGAUGCUAACUGGAUUGCUCUGAACAGUUCCCUGCAGUGUCAUAGCCUCAGUGAUAUAUUCCUGCUCUUCAAAAGUUCCGACUUCAUUACUCACGACCUCACGCAGCCAUUCCUUGUGUGUAGUGACCAGGACUCCCCAGAUCCAGCUAUAAACUAUGAGCUGGUCCUGAGAAAGUGGAGCGAGCUGAUCCCUGGUGGAGAGUUUCGCUGCUUCGUCAAAGAGAACAAACUGAUCGCUAUCUCCCAGAGAGACUACACUCAGUAUUACCAGCACAUCUUGAAGCAGGAGGAGCAGAUCUGUCAGGCCAUACAGGAAUUCUUCAACCAGCACAUCCAGUACAACUUCCUGGACGAAGACUUUGUGUUUGAUGUCUACAGGGAUAGCCAGGGGAGGGUGUGGCUGAUAGACCUGAACCCUUUCGGAGAGGUGACCGACUCGCUGCUGUUCAGCUGGGAGGAGCUGACAUCCGGAGAAAUCACCCAGCAGCAGGAAAGCCCGGCGUUCCGCUACACCACCAGCGAGGUGACAGUGCAGCCCAGUCCCUGUCUGAGCUACAGAAUCCCAAGGGACUUUGUUGACCUGUCCACCGGAGAAGACGCCUACAAACUCAUUGACUUCCUCAAACUGAAGAAAAGCCAACAGGAAGAUUCGGAGGAGGAGGAGGAGGAAAAUGCUCCGCAGUGACACAGUGGCUCCACUGAAACCUGAAGAAGCUGCUGUCAACAGCUCUGUAUUUAAUGUUUCCUGCAUGAAGUGACUCUUGACCCUCUGUCCUGUUUCAAGCUUAUUUUUUAUUUCAGCCUGUUCUCUCUCACGCCCCUCUGUAAACGGUACGCCGUGUACUUUGAGUUUCCCCGAACAGCUCCUGUGUUAGUCCAACGAAACAUGUGAAAUUAGCAGAUCAUGUUAACGACUCCUUGAGGGUUCAUUUUGUGUUGAGUUGUUCUUUGCCUCAGACGCUGCUCAGUGCCGAUUGCAGAUCGUAAAGGCUCAGCGAGGGGAGGGAAGCCUCUGUGGUGUUUUUUGGUUUUUGAUGAAAGAUUUUUUUUUUUUUUAAUGGGAGAAUGGGACGUGUUCAUUAACACUGUAAAAAUGCCUGCUUUUAUACAGUCAGUCUGUCUUUAUUACGGUGCAAAUAGUGUCUCUGAAUUUCAAACUCCAUUGUAUGUGUGUUUCUGUGACAGACUUCUUUAUUUAACACUAAAGCAGUUCAUUACUAAGUCACCUUUAAUUUUCUUCUGUCCAGCCAUCCCUGCUCCUCCAUCUCUCCCUGCCAAUUUCCUCUGAGCAGUUUUGACACACUCAUUGCUCCGAGCCGCUCCGGGCGCUCUUUUAGAGUCCUGUUUUCCCAUCAUGCAUUGCUGUAGACUGUUGCUCCAAAAAAACACCAUUAAACUUCUUGUCGUGUA